UCAUUGUCACACUCCCUUUUCAGCUCAAGGCAAUUGACACAUUACACAUUUUUAGUAGGUAUUAUUUAAUUUGUGUUCGUAUAUAUAUUUUUUUACUUUUUUAACACUAUUAUGGGUGAAUAUAAUAUUGAUGAUGCGUUAAAAGUGAUUGGGUUUGGGCGGAUGCAUUUUAUUAUAUUUAUCUGUUGUGUCACGCAGCAGAUGUUUAUAAGCAACGAACAGUUCGGAAUCUCGCUAGUGAUUGUUGCGGCUAGCUGUGAUUACUAUGUGAGUGAGCACCGCAUGUCUUGGCUAAUGUUCUCCACAUUUGCGGCCCAAGUGUCCACGAGUCAUUUUAUGGGCUACCAGGCGGAUAAGAUUGGCCGUCGCAAGCUCCUGCUCAUCGCCUCAGUAUUGUGCAUAUUUUCGUCAUUCAUGUCUUCUCUGAUGCCAGAUUUUUGGUCAUUUUUGGCGUUUCGCUUCUUAGUGGGUGUCUUUGUGCCAGGUCCCGGGAUGGCAUUGUUAACGUACUUGAGUGAGUUCACCAAGGUCGAGUUGCGUCCCAAGGUUAUCAACUUUUUAUACUACGCCAUAGGUUUCAGCUUAAUCUAUAUGGCAGCCGUUGCCAUGUAUGUGCUACCGUUGGAUCUACGUUUAAGAGUUCACAAAGACUAUGCUAUUACCAGUUGGCGUAUUCUUAUGUGGGCCCAAUUGGUGCCUGGCAUUAUUUCGUGCUUCAUGUUGUGGGGUAUGCCUGAAAGUCCCAAGUACUAUCUAUCUGUCGGCAAGUCGAACGAAGCGUAUGCUGUUUUGGAGAGAUGCUGUCGCUACAACAAGGGCAAGGAUGUGACGCUAAAAAGCCUUGGAAUUGACUCCCUAAAAAAACCAGAAUCACAGGUUGACCCCUCGCUAGCUCAGAAGAGGGCAUGUACACGCAUCUGGUACGAAACAAAGCCGAUAUUCCAACGCCCACUUUUGACCAAAAUGUUACUCAUUAUGUUUAGUAUGUUUCUGUUAUUUGGCACGGGGUUUGGCCUAACGGUUUGGAUACCUCGUGUUCUCAAAAUGAGUAAUGAUCUCCAUAAAGACCUAAUCCUCUGUGAUAUGAUAGAAAUGUCAAAUGCUUUAAACAUCAGCCUUACCGAUACAAGGUGUCAUUUAAGCAUGAGAACUAUGCUGGCCUCUGUUUAUCUCGGCGCUUGCACUUUAGUUUUCUCAGUAAUGAUAACCUUGUUAUUGUUUUGGGUCCAUCUUAAGACUAUUCUCUUGAUGUUCGCUGUGCUUAGCAUUAUGGGUGGUACCGUAUUGAACUUUGUCAAAUUACACGAACUAGUCGUCGUAUGCUGUAUCCUCUUGACGAUACCUCCCUUGUGUUGUGUAAGGUUGGCUUUGUCGAUACUCAUCGAUUUAACACCUACACAUUUGAGGAGCAAGGCGGUGUCAUUGGCCACGAUGUUUGGGCGCAUUGGUGUUCUGUUCACCAGUAUGUAUGUGGGAUAUACCUUGGACUUGAACUGUUUCUUUACCUUCAAUUUGUUUGUUUUGUUAAUGUUUGCUUUCUUUAUGGCUGUUCUAUUUCUGCCUUACGACACAAGGAGUGGCUCAAUAUCAUAGCAAUGGUAGCUUAACGUGCUUCAAUCAUUGUUAUAUCUUUGGGAUACUUUUUACUUUUUAACCAGAAAUAGUAUUAAUGACAAGUAAAACGUUUCGACAAGCGAUGGGGAAGUAAAUUGCAGUGAAGAUGGGCAGAGAGCUCAAAAUUGACCGUGGAUCGCCUAAUCGAAAGU